ACAAUAGUGCCAGUGUCACUGAGUCCGGUACCUCUACAGUGAGCAAUGAGCAUAGACCGGUUGGAGGCUCCAGCAUAUGCAUCCAACCGUUGGAUGUUCACGGUCUCACAGGAUUUGAACACACGCUACCGCCAAUACCAAUGAGAAUUGAGAAGAACUAUUUCACCGUCAUCAUCGACAGCCAAGGGCAAGGAGCCCCGCACCACCGAAACAAUGUAACUUUGGCGAACAAAUGUAGAUGCACGAAACGAGAAAGGAAAGGUCUUCAACGUUCCAAAAGUCAGAAGUUCAACCCUAACUUCAAGCUUCAAACUUUGGGAGCCAGGACAAGGGCGGUUCAGGUGCGCCCCAAGCGGAACGAACUGUGAAUCUUUUCUUGGGGUUCAAGAAAAGGAAGUAUAGAAAAACUGUGGAUUUUUGAAGAAGUACCGCAAAUUCAAACUUCAAAUGCAGUCACACUGACAGACUUGCUAUUUAUUGAUUGAUGGCAGCAAUCGGGUGGUAUGGGCCACUGAUCGAUCUGUCGAAAGCCGUUUCCCAUAUAGGAGACUACGUUCAAUUGCUCGUAUUUGUUCACAAGUCUCGACCCAUCCAGCUGAUUGUACAGAGGUUCAAGUUUCCAAAAGAAGGGGAAUUGGUAAGGACUGACAUUCAGGUUGGAGAUGACACACGGCCUUUCUUCUCUGUAUCUCUAUGGCAGAAGCAAAUAGGAUCGAUGGUGUUUGCUGGUGAUGUCAUCCUGUUACAAAAUGUUAAAGUUGUUAGAUUUGGAGAAUUCAUUGAGGCUAGAACAGUCCAAUUAUCAUCACUACUACGUUUGGUUCACCCUUACGAACUACUUAUCUCCAAAGGUGUAGAUGACUUACUGGCAGAUUGUCGAGUUGGGAAAACCACAAAAGGGAAGCUGAGAAGAGUGAUAGAAUGGGUGCAGCAAGUUGGAUCCACAGUUCAUGUUGGAUUGCACACUUAUCAACGGAAGAAACUAUUGAAGAAUUGGAAAGUGCAUGAGGACAUAAAAUAUGUAGAUUGCGUAUCAAUUUCAGAAGUAUCAUGCCUAACCAAAUGCUGUAAUGUAAGUUUUUUUGCAAGUGUGGGUGGGAUUUUUAUGCCGUCUUCAUUGGGAAAUGAUGAAAGGUAUGAGACUGAACGGAUGUUCAUCGGUAGAAGACUGUUUAUGAAGGGUGAUAAUAAAAUAGCAGAUCUCAUUUGUACUGGAUGCAGUUUAUGUGGUUCUCCAAUGGUUUUAGAUAAUGGGUCUUUUCCAGAGAAGAACAUGCUUCCACUCUACUGUCAGAAGAGCUCAAACCACCUACAUGCUGUAUGCUUGAUAUAUCGGCCAUUUCUGCUUUAUGUAUGGGACCACUCUGAAUGCAUCCCGCUUCUUGUGAGAAACAAGGCUGCAGAAGUCCUAUUUGCAAACAUCACAGCUGAUAAGGUCUAUUCCUGCUACAAAUCCCAAAAUCAGAAUCAAAGCUCUGAAUCAAAAGCAGAUCAUGUGAUGGGUCAUUGUGAACCAAGAGCCUGUGUUCACCCCAAAUCUGAUGCUGCAGGAAAUGAAGUAGCUAUUGGUUCACAAUCACCGAAUGUGCACGAUGAGAGCCUUAGACUGACAAGUCUCCAACAAGUGGUCAAAACCCCCGACUUCUAUAGGAUUUGGUUAAUUCUACUCAAAACAUUGCUUCAACAAGGUAAGAAUUGUCCUUCGCAAUUUGAAGUCGCCGUGAAUAAUGGCUCAGAUCAGGAGAAUGGGAGAUUUGAAUUGGUCUCUGUGAAGAUUACAUGUUUCAAAAAGGAACGAUCCUACAUAUCAAGUAGUAAUGAAAAAACUCAUCCUUCUCAAUAAAAUAAUUUUCUUACCCCAGCUUUCUCA